AUGAUCAGGGAAAUUAAAAACAUCGGUUGAUGAUCUUGACUUGCUCCCCAUCAGAUUAAGAGGAGUUAAAUCAAGAAGAUCUCAUUUGGCAUUGAUAUUUCUCAUGAAAGAGUUUGGGGCUGUAAAUGAUAUUCUAAUGAAAAUCAUUGAUGGUACACCAAAAUUGGCCUACAACGCAAAGUAAUAUAAUAUAUGGUAAUGUUAACAACUUUUAUACUACAAAAUAUUUUUAAAUGUAAGUAAAUAUUUUAUAAAAAAAUCACGUUCUUGAAUGCAUUGUAUCCAGCCUUUUUUUGUUAGUUGUGGAUAACUCCCUAGAUUGGCUGCUUGUCCCCCUCCUAUCACCCACGUUGGUGCUGCAGUUUAGUUGAGAGAGAGAGAGAGAGUGAGAGAGAGAGAGAGAGAGAGAGAGAGAGAGAGAGAGAGAGAGAGAAUUGUGAUUUUAAUAAAUUAUAAAUUGUAAUCGAUAUUAUUACUGUCUUUGUGUUCACCCAAAAUGAUGGAUAAAGGGUCAGGUUUCAUUUUGGGGGUAUUUCUUUUAAAUCAAUUUAGGAACAUAUUCAUUUGAGAUACAGUUUAUUUUAUUUAUUGAUAAAUGACCUUGUAAAUCUGUGGAAAGUUAGAUAGGGUCUGUUGGUAGAUCCGCAGGUACAUUAUACUUCCAGGGCCGUGGCCAAGUUUGGAAAACUUAAAGCGGCCUCCAGGCCCAUUGACACCCAUGUUCCGACCCAAAAGGGGUAACUUUAGAUAAAUGGGUCACCUCAUCUCUCGUUUGAAAGGCUGGCUGGCUGCUCAUGGAAAAAUCUAUUAUUAAAAUGCAUCCCCAGAACUUUAUGUACCUUUGCAUUCCUCGCCCUGUGCGAUUCAUUCAUUAAUGGCCAGGAAGGCUGCUCGGCGAGCUAGGCACGCUUUCUCUCUCUCUCUCUCUCUCUCUCUCUCUCUCCCCUCUGCCUGUCCCCCUUCCCUCUUCUUCCCCACUCCCCUCGUCGUUUGCCCCUGCGGUGGUCGGUGGAGUGGGCCCAGCGGUGGGCUAGCUUUGCCCGAUAUACCAGACUGCCCUGUGUCAGACGUAUUUUUGAGAGAGAGAAAGAGCUGGGCCGCACUCGGAGAGGGAGCAACUGAGCGUGGGGGAAUGGCUUCGGAAGUCGCGCACUGUGAACCCCAUUGGCUUCUGUAAUUGUUGACGUGGCGGACCCUCGAAAGACGGCAACUUUGAAAAGCCACUGCCUUUGUCAGUUCAAAGCUCGCCCUGUUCGCAAGGAAGGUGUACACAACUAAACGCGCCGCAUGGUCUCAGCGGCUUAGAAAACGAAAUCCUACAUAAUUCCACAUAACUGCUUCGAUCGCCAGAUUCUUAUUCUUAUGCAAUCUUUCCAAUGUCUAAUGAGGAGGGCCGGUCUUCCGGCAGACCCGAGCUUGCGGGAAGACGAGGCCAGGCUUACAGUAGUAUCCCUUGUCGGGCUCGCAGUGCAAGUCGAGGGAGCAGAUGCACAUGCCCUCCAGAGCACACCCCUUCCCUGCGUUCACCGGGCUCUUCCCCCCCAGGCCCAGCACGGCGUCCGUCCAGUCGGAAGAGAACAGCCCGUCCCUGUCGUACUUGGUCAUUGCCGCCACGAACUUGUCGCCCUUCGCCCCCAGCUUCUCUCGCACGUUGAGGAACCCGACGUUCCGAUUCUUCCCCCAGUGCGGCAUGCCGUUGAAUUUGAAGAGCGCCAUCUGCUCGAUCUCCUCCAGCACGUCUUCGUCCAGCCGCGGGGUGCCAGGCUUGUGGGAGCGGUAGUAGGUGAUGUCGAUAUCGACGGAAUCGGCGGUCUUGCCCAGGUAGGCGGUGGAGCUGCGGACAAACCUCAUGAGGAAGCCGUAGUAGAGUUCGAUGCCGCAGAAGGCGCUGGGCCUCAGGUCCCGGAGCUUCUUCACUUCGGCGAUGAAGCUGGCGAUGUCAGUCAGUGGGAUGCUGAUCGUCGUCUGCUGGUAGAACAGGCCAGCAAUCCGAGGGUCCCAUGCGCACACGGUGAGCAGGCCGUCCUCCCCACUCGUCAAGCAAGAUCCUGUCCACAGCGAGGAAAAAAUUCUCUUCAAUAUUUAAUCUAA